UGACUGAGGCGGCCAGCUUUGUAGACUCAAAUGCACAUUUGUGAUGGGCAAAGUAAAUAGGUACUUAAAUACCUUAUUUUCUAUGGGAUAUGCAUCUAUCAAGAGGCAGGAGGAAAGUCUUACCAUGUCUUUUCCUAUUUCAGGUCUCAGAACAUCACACAAUUUCUGCACAACAGGACAAUGAAUGUGUCCAGCAACUGCAGUAUCACAAGUCCAGAACUUUAUCACCGCUUCUGUCUCUUUGAACUUGCUCUGUAUAAGGUCAUUUUCUCUUCUGGAACUCAAUUUAAUGCCCUUGCCCUCUGGGUGCUCUUCUGCAAGAUAAAGAAGUGGACAGAAACAAGGGUGUAUGUAAUCAACUUAGUCUUUACAGACUGCUUUGUCAUCUGCACCUUCCCUUGGGCUUAUUUGCUCUGGAAUAAGUCAGCCCGGGAUGUACUUUGCCAGUUUACAGAGACAACGUAUUUCAUCAACAUCUUAGUGAGUACCUACGCAAUUACAUUUAUCUCCACUGACCGAUACAUUGCCAUAAAACACCCCUUGAAAGCCAGGGCCUUUGGGUCUCCAUCAAAGGCAGCCCUUCUCUGUGGGCUUCUGUGGGUUUCUGGGAUAAUCGGUGCCACUGCACAGAUUCGGCAGAGCCAGUCCACCCUGUGCUUCCAGAAGGAUUCCACCGUGCCUGCUGCUCUGAGCCUGCUUUCCAUGCUCUUCAUCUUUAUUCUUCCAUUGGCAACCUUGACUUUUUGCUCCACAGAAGCGAUCAGGAGCCUUAAGAGAUGCCUGAACACCAAUUCACCAGAGGAGAAACCAAUCCAGAAAGCUGUUCACAUUCUUUAUGCAAACCUGACUGUAUUUCUAGUAUGUGUUCUGCCAGUCUUCUUUGGGUUACUUGCCAGGUUCAUAGCAGAUAGCGUUGGAGCUACCUGUUUCAUGUUCCACGUUAUGAAGAACAUCUCCCCCGUGACAAGGUGUGUUGCCACAUCUAACUGCUGCCUGGAGAAUGUAUGCUACUACUUUGUGACCAAGGAGUUCCAUGAAGCCUUCUACCGCCCAAAACCAGCAGUGAAAAAAACAGAUCAAAUCCAUCCCUUGCAGACACACACUUGCUAA